UAUUCGUUUGUUUCCGUCCUCUGACGUGGUUUGUGGCAAGAGGAUUGACCCUGACUUCGCAAGCAGGAACCUGCUUCCGCCUCUGUUGGAUCCAGCCAAGAGAGCCGCGCUCAACCUUGAAGCGCGGAGGCGUCGGCAUUGCCGAGCGAAAGUUGAAGUUCUGCCCUGCGGGAGGAGGAAGGAGGGUCCCACCGGGCAAACCAGAAUUGAGCUUGCAAAGGAGGAAGUGGAGAAACCCGUAUCGGACAGGUGGGCGAGAGAGAGAGCUGGUUUUCCCCCUGAAUCCGACGCUUCGUGUGGGAGCCGCGACAGUAUACCUUUUACCUGAAGAUUUUAAGAAAGUGUGGAAGCCUGGAAUAAGGAAUCAUUUGCCAAUGUGUGAAGCAGGCCUAAUGCAUAACAAACUCUGUGAUGCCUUAGAAGGUGAAGAUGACAUGAUACAUGGAGAUUUGGGAAAUGGAUUUAAAAAACAUAAUGGUAUUUAUGAAUCAGAAGGCUUCCACAAAUAUAUAGUUAGGUCUAGAAGCGGUUCUGCAAGGAAGAGCUUGCCAAGUGAUGGAGAAGAAUACGAUGCAGUAUUUUUUCAUUGCUCAAAAUGUAACAGUUUCAAUGAUAUGUCAGUCAAAAAAAAUGGAAGGAAUGGAUUUGCUACCUGUAAACAACAAGCCAGUUCUGAGCUCAAUUCUGAGGCAUCAAAUGAAGAAUUGAAACAACGUCUCCAAGAAAUUUUAGAGGAAAUAGAAAUUUUAAGAGUGGAAUUGGAAGCAUCUCAAAGACAACUUGAAGGCAAAGAACAAGCUUUAAAAAUUCUGCAGAGCAUGGCUGUUUUGGACAAAGCUACCACUCAUACUAAAGCAGUAUUUAUAAAAUCAGAGCAACAAAAGCGAGCCUUAGAAAAGGAAAUAAAUGUUCUGCAGUGGGAAAUCAAAAUUAAUCAAGAGAAAUUAAAAAAUAUAGAUGAGACCUGGGCAGAGAAAUAUGAAAGAAUUUAUUGUGAAAAUGCUGCAUUUAAAGAAACGGUUAAAAUGAAAACUGAGGAAAUUAAACUACUGAAGUCUGAAAAUCAACUUUUAGAGCAACAGCAUUUGGAGAUGAUGGCAAUGCUUGAUGUAAAACAGCAGAAGUUUGUCCAGGAUAAUAUAUCUCUUAGCAAGAGUGGUGUUACUGAGGUUACAAGUCUGGAAUUGGCAGUUCUUGGAGCCUGUGCUUGCAAUGGCCCUGAAGGAGAACCCUGUGCCUGUGCCAAAAUGUCGGCAGCAACUCGAAAGCAACUUCUUCAGCUCAAGCAAGAGUUUGAACUUCUGAAGAAGAGUAAAGAAGAAGCUUAUAUAAUGGCAGAUGCCUUCAGAAUAGCUUUUGAACAGCAACUGAUGCGGAGGAAGGACCAGGCUUUGAGGCUUGCCCAAAUGAGUAAGAUCUGCAGAAAAGAAACUAAAACAGUAAAGUGGAAAAGCAGCAAAGAAGAUGAAAAAAGAAAAAGCUUGAGAGAAAAGCUGAUGGGCAUGCUUGCUUCUGGCCCUGAGAGUAAGAAAGUAGAAGAACUGGAUAAUCCACUGGAGAUCAUUAGGACACUAACAGACCUGCUGAACGAUAAGGAAGAGAUGUUGGCUCAUCAAAGGAAGGUUAGUUAUAUGCUUGCUCGGACACUGGAAGAUAAAGAAAAUGCUUUGCAGCAAAGGAAUGAAAGUACAUUUUCAGAGGAAAAGGUUACUUUUAAGAACAGUCAGUACAAACAAGAGUUAAAACCCCAAGAAUGGAUUUUUCCUGAAUGUUCGUGUUGUCAGGAUGACUUUUCUUCGGCUCCCAAUACAAACCCCAGCAGAAAGCCAACUUCCCGUUCCACAGGAUCUAAAGAAAAUAAACAUCACAAUCUCAAAGAGACAGUGAAUAUGAAAUAAUAUAUAGCUUUUUAAGAAAAUGUAGAUCUGUCUAAAAAACAACAACUUCCUUAACAUUUCAUUUCAUAAUUUAGGACUCUUAAAACUCCGUCUGUGUUCCAUAGAACAUAAGGAACUUUUAAAGGACUCCUUUAUAAUUUUAAUAUCAGGGAUACAAAUAAACAUAAAUGCAAAAGCUGCUUAUUGAUGGAAAGCAGAAGGAAGAGCUGCAAAUAUGCAAGGGUUUAGGUAUUUGUGGAAUACCUGCAGUGAACUAUAAUUCAACCUUAAUUCAGGAAAUUUUACCAUUUAAGUAAUAAGUAAAUAUAUAAUUUAUUGUUGAUGGAUUGUAUUCAGCAGUCUCCAUCUGUGAACAGAAGGCCUUAUUACAUUCUUUUAAAGGCUUCCUCCAGUUUAUCAUUUCACAGAUUGCUUUGCUAGCAGGACCUACUAAUCGCCCUUCUGCAUAAUUCUAUCACUCUCCUGCUGCUGUUUUCUGAAAAUAUUCUCCAUUUUAAAUUCCAUUUUCUUCUCUUUUCUAAGUUGGCCUUUUAAUUUAGUUCGUUGUCAGGAUUGUUUCAGUAAGAUAGAAAACAUUUUUCAUUUGUGUGUUCAGUGUUUUGCAUGCUGUUUACUUUUCAGCAGAAGACAUUUUCUCUUUUUUAAGAUCUUUUUUUAAAAAAAUAGCUUCUUUUAUUAUGCUCUUCCUCACUGGUGGAGCACUAGAAAGAGGUUUUGCCUAAAUCAAAGCUUAUUCAUUCCCUGUUAAAUUGUCUCUCCUUGCUUGUUUGUAGCAUGAAAAUGGUACCUUUCACUUUCCAGAUGCAGUUAGGCUUCAAGUCAUGUCAACUUCAGACACCACAGACUAUAUUUGUAUGUGAUGGAAAUUAAGGGUUUCAGUUUCUCACUAUAUAUUUUAUAGCUCGGGUUCAUUUUUAAGUUUGAGGGAACAUUUUAGGAUUUGCAUUAAAAUCCAAUCAUGUACUAACUUAUCUGCAGCAUUGAAUGAUUGCUGAAAUGUUUUUCCCUUGGAUAAAUGUCUGGCUUAUUGAUUUCUAUUUCUUCUGGACCACAUUUUCAUAGGGUACAGAUAGUAAAAAUUGAUAUCAUGUAUCAUUUUCUGUUCAUGUAGAUUGAUCAAAAAGAGAACAUAAUGGGAUUCAAUCAAAUCUUCAUUAAAAAAAUCAAUUGCCUUAUGCAUGUAUAUAUUUGAAAGAAUGAUUUCAUGAUCAAACAAAACCUGUUCUCUUAGGAAAUGGGAGGUCUCUUUUAUACAUUGAUCUACAUUGGUAGAAAAUAUUAACCUGUAGGUAUAUUGGAUUAAAACUACAUAUGUAUAUAAAAACACUGCAUGUGACCAUUUCACCAGAUCUCCUUAUCAGAAAGUUGAAGAAUAAUCGUAACUACCUUAUACAGUACAAGUGUGCACAAUAUAAAUUAGUGUUGGGUUCACACUGAUUCUUAAGUGCAUUCAGGCAAAUACUGCAUGUACUGGUAUAAGUGAUUAGGUAAUAUGAUGUAAAGUUUCUUUUGCUGAGAACAUCAAAUUUAUGGAAAAACAGUUCUAUAUUUUUAGUGACUAGGUUCACAUAUCGUAUUAAGCCAUGGUUCACCUUUAGAUAUAUUUUAGUCCACUGUUUACAAGCCAUAAUCAAGGUUCACAUAACAUAUUAAGCUACUGCCAAUUCACCUCAAAUAAAUAUGUAAACCCA